UCCAAUCUUACCGGAGCUAAUGGUUGCAUGUUGAAAGUUAGAUCUACGAGAGGGAGGUAGGGUCCGAAUCUAAAUCAAUUGAUCAUUUCUUCCAGAGAUGCGGCUGGGAUCCCGCACCGCUAUAGAGACUGUUGAGAGGUGAGGUCUGCUGAGGUCUGCUGCAGGAAGACGCUCAUUGAAGUUCAUCUUUCUGCUAUUUUACUUGGCCCCCACAAAACAAAUUAGGUUCAUUUGCAGUUGCAAACAGAAAUCUUCUAGCUCCGGUCUGUGAGAGUGUCAAAGACAAGAACGUCCCAGAUACCAUUUUCUUAUUCCACCAAUGCGGUCGCACCUCUUCAUCGCCAUUGAAACUCUUGGGGGCGAAUUCUUCUUCUCUUGAAAAAUAAUAUGCUUGUGCCUGCAAACCAGGCCCGGGAUUUGGUCGCCGAUCUUAUCGCUAUUCUGAGGAAUGGUACCACGUGGGAGACAAGAGAAAUCAUGACGUGAACUGUUUUCAGGCCGAAAAGUGGAAUCAACUCUCCAAAGCUGGAAUAGCAGAAGGGGAUAUAAAGUAUGGGAGAGCUCCAGUUUCAAAGCCAAUAUCGUGCUCGGGUUAAGGAACACAAGCCGAUCAUUUUGAAAACAAGAGACCACGAUCUCUUGGAGGUAGAUGAAGAUGUAGCCUACGAGUGUUUGACGAUCCAAGCAAUGUCCAAGCAGCUGGGUCCAAAAAAUGACCCACCGGUACGCGUGUUCAUGGUCCCGUUGUCCACGAAAUUGCUCAAAUCCAUCAUCGACUAUUGCAAGUUCCAGGUCGAGUGGCGAGAGUUCGUGCACGACAAUCCAUCGGAAUCACAGAAGGCGAAGCUCAAAGCCUGGGACGCGCAAUACGAGAAAUUGGACUUCAAUUCAAUUUGCGACCUCCUUCUGGCUGCCUCCUAUAUGGACGUACCAGCUAUGACAAAGAUGCUGAGCAAGUUAGCGUCAACUAGGAUGCCUAGGGGAGCAAAGGAGAAUCGUAAAGACCCCAAAGGAAAUGACGAGAUUUCAUUUGAAGUGUACAAGAAGGGAGUUCACAGUGAUCGUCCAACGCUUCCAUACCUACCUCGCUGUGUGCAGAACAUGACAAAAUUGAUGCUGCGAUUGGGAGGUCUCCGUAAAACAUCCCCUGUCAAGUUCUGCUAAGGAGAUGUAACUUCUUCAGAUAAGCCAUGCUUCAAAGUGAUGAUUCCAACUCCGACUGCCAUUUGAUUCAAGCUGCAGGCGACCUGCUAAUAACUUGCUGCGAGAGUUGAUUUUGUGGAAGGACAAUUCCAAGGAACAUCAGGAAAAAAACAUACGCACAUAUGGCAGAUGAUACGAGAGGAAGACGGCCAUGUUCCAAGGGUUCCAACAAAUUAAUCAUACUCUUCUCCUGCUUAAGCAAUUCAUUUUCCAGUUGUACUACGCUCUAAAUACUGAAAACACUUGAAUAAGCAAUCAUAGUGUAAUCACAUAAGAAGUCCACUCGUCCAAAAUAUGUGCAUGAUUCGGUUUAUGUAAAGGUUUUGGCCCAUAAUAAAUUAGAGGAAAGACACUUUCACCAACUGGUUACAAUGAAUGUAUAGGAAAUGGCAUUCUGAUAGCAAAUUGAGACUCGCCAAAAAUGUUGAGUGUAAUUCGUCAGACAUGCAUCACAGUAAAAACCGGAAGGUGCUAUUUGCAACAAAAAAUGGUACCUUGCAUCCAAAGAUGUAAUCUCAUUCACUUUCAUGACAACAAUAACGCCGUUUUCAUGGGCAUCUAUCUUUUCUGCUAUAAACUAACUCGCAAAAAGUUAUUGCUCCUUGACAAAGGAGGUUAGGAUAUUUCUCUUGAUGGUAAAUUCGUCAACCUUGUUUGGGCUUACGG